UAUGACAGUUAUGGUAGAAAAUAUCUGUUUUAUAACAAGGUUGUUUUUAGAUUUGUGAAUAUCUUAUGAUUGAGUCCAGGUGCAAUGAACUGAGUUGUGUUUCGUGUUUCAGGACACUGGACCCUCAGUAGAUGCUCGAGGACACUGGCCGUUGGUAAAGGGAAGGGCAGCAACUACAGGGCCUGACCCACCACUCCACCCCGAUCCGCACAGAUAACCCAUAUAAACAUCCACCCUGACGAGGGGGGCUGCACUCAUCUCGGGGAAGUCAUGGGUGUACUGUGUCCAAAUGGAUGCGAAGUGAAGAAUUCAACACUUUUGAAGCAAGAAAUGUAAAAGGAACAUUGGCCUCGCUGAGAAGUGAGGUGUCCAAUCUUUCUCAAAACUAUGACCAUAUCUUUCAAUAUGUGAACAGUAUGUCAUAUGUCAUUAGAGAGCGACAAAGACAAACUCUUGGAUGGACAUUGAUUCAGACCAGGCAGGAUGGCAGUGUUGACUUCGGCAGAAGAUGGGACAGCUACAAGAAUGGGUUUGGAAAUAUUGCAGUGGAUCAUGGCAAAGGUUUCUGCAAUGCCCCUGGGGAGUAUUGGCUAGGAAAUGAUAAGAUCAGCCAACUUACAAAAAUGGGACCAAAUGGAAUUAUUAUCGAGAUGGAAGACUGGAAUGGAAGCAGGGUACAUGCUCACUACAGCCAGUUCAUGCUGCAGAAUGAAGCCACCAAGUACACAGUGGCGGUCGGCAACAACAAAAGCAAUGCUGGAAACUGCCUUCUGGAAGGAGCUCAGAAGCUAUAUGGGGAAAACAGGACUAUGACCAUCCAGAACAGCAUGAUGUUCAGCACAUAUGACAGAGACCAUGACAGAUGGUAAAACUGAGAUCCAGGCAAGCAGUGCUCCAGAGAAGACGGUGGUGACUGGUGGUAAAACCGCUGUCACUCGUCGAAUCUCAAUGGAUGGUACUACUGGGGAGGAGCAUAUACUAAAGCAAUUGUCAAACUUGGAACAGAUGAUGGACUUGUGUGGAUGAAUUGGAAGGGAUCCUUGUAUUCCCUGAAGGCAGUCAGUAUGAUGAUCAGACCGUUCUUCUCGGGCUGAGAAUAGCAACCAUGUCUCUGGUGUAAAAUACACAAAACAAUACAAAACAUGUUUGCACAUGUGUUGAAUUCUGUUUCUUUCUUAAAUGAACAAAAGUGGGUUUUCAAAAACAAGCUAUUUUAAAUGGAUUCGUUAUUCCAUUCAUGUAUUAAUUAUAAAAUGGAGAAUGAUUCAUGUUGGCACUUUGCUUUUGGGUCAACUUCACAGUACAGGAGCAAGUGUUGGAUUGUUCACCCACUAACAGGGAACAUGAGCUGGGAUCAGACCGUCAUGAGACAGGUUAGUUUUAUCCUUCAAAGCAGGAAAUGUAAUUGCAAAAAACCUGUGAAAAUGGCAAAUUAAAAACAUUUUAUAUGUUUAAACCUGUAACAUU